AGAGAGAACUCCAGUGCAUUCAUUGUGCAUGGAGCAGAGGACAGGGCUUGCACUGCAUUGACAACCCAGCAUUGUCCCCAUAGGCAGGAGCCUCCUUUCUCGUCCCAUGACCCGCUGAGCCCGUCUUAUUACGCCCUAUUCUUCUCCUCGUGUAUGCAUCCCACUCCAGCUGUGUAAAUGAGUAUGGAAGAUUAUGACUUUCUAUUCAAGAUCGUACUCAUAGGGAACGCUGGCGUAGGGAAGACCUGUCUGGUGCGGCGCUUUACUCAGGGUCUUUUUCCGCCGGGCCAGGGGGCCACCAUCGGGGUAGAUUUUAUGAUUAAAACUGUGGAAAUAAAAGGUGAAAAAAUAAAGCUCCAGAUAUGGGACACCGCCGGUCAAGAGAGAUUUCGUUCCAUCACCCAAAGUUAUUACCGCAGUGCCAACGCAUUGAUUUUAACCUAUGAUAUAACGUGCGAGGAAUCUUUCCGCUGCCUUCCGGAGUGGCUGCGGGAAAUUGAACAAUACGCUAACAAUGAAGUCAUCACUGUGCUUGUGGGGAACAAGAUCGACCUGGCGGAGAGGAGGGAGGUCUCCCAACAAAGAGCUGAAGAAUUUGCCGGAUCCCAAAACAUGUAUUACCUAGAAACCUCUGCCAAAGAGUCAGACAACGUGGAGAAACUCUUCCUGGACUUAGCAUGCCGCCUCAUCAGCGAGGCCAGGCAAAACGCCUUGGUGAACAAUGUAGACUCUUCUUUGCCGGGAGAAGGGAAAACCAUCAGUUAUUUGAACUGCUGUAACUUUAACUAGCGGUCAGGAAAAAGCAAAAACAAACAGUCACCAUGGGCUGAAGGCCUUUUCACCAGAUGGUUUCCCUCUGGCUGAUGUUGCUACGAUUCUGGCCACAGAGGUGAACAGAGGACCAAUACGGAAGUCACCAAUGUUUGGUGGCAGGUGGCCGAUAGGAGGACGCAAAGAGUCCUGUCGACAAGUCUUGGGUACAACCUAGAACAUAAAACCCCCUAUAUUCAUAUAUAUAACGAAAUGCUGCAUACCACACUGGGUUUUUGUUAAACUUUUUGUUUUUUUAGUUCUAGUAGAUAGAAAAGCAUCUUCGAGGAAGCAGAAGCCAACAGCCGUCGUACGUUUAUCCGACUGGAAUUGAACAAACUGAGAACUUUUUAUAAUUAUUUGGAAUGCUAGCUCCACUUUUAAUGCAACUUUUUGAGACCGAGGAUGUUCCUUAUAACCGUCCAGGGACUUCUCCUGGAUUUUAAUGACUGAGAUUUUCUUAAUUUCCUAUAAACUGUGAUGGAAGGAAGAGCCGUUUUCAUUGACGUUCUGCAGGAAUAAACGAAUGUUGAUUAUUAUUUUGCAUUUAUGUAGAUCUCCAACAACAACAAAAAAUCUUGGCUGCAGGUAUCGACCUUUAUUUUGCCCAAAAAAAUUAAAAAUGUUUUUUUUUGAACGGUUUUAAGUAGAAGAGCCAUUGUUUGUAUGAAACGAUGAGAUUGGGGGGGGGGGGGGGGGAAAUAGCGUUAUGGUUGCCGCAUCAGCAUUUAAAUGUUUUUACAGGUCAUGUCUGUAGAACUUUGCAAGCGGAAUAUGCACUGUAACCCAUAGCAGAAAGUCUUUUUUUUUUCUAUAUCACAAUGGUAUCCACUUGAAAGAAUGAAUAAACAGUUGUACGGGC